CGAACGGAUCUAAGCAGCCUACGGUGAUUAUAUCACGCGCCCCCUAUACAACAACUGGACGACAACAUUCGGUCGUCGCUAGCUGGGAUUCACAGAUCUGCUAUCAAUUCAGUUCGGAUUCGAUCUUCAGUCGGAACGGUCACAAUUCGGUUGAACGUUGGAAAAAUUGUCGGUUGUCCGUUGGCAGAAGAUGGAAAAGUUUGAGCCGAAGAAAAUCGAAAGCGUUUUCCCAAAACGUCGUCAGGACAUGUUCCGCUGGGACGGUUGGGGCUACAAGGACUGUAAAUUUGUGUACCACGAUGGGAAAGUAACUUUCGAGGGCAGCCAGUACCCGAUCUGUGGAAAAAGUCUACACAAUUUUCAUGUUUGGGUUGCUGAGAUGUUUAACAUUAAUUCCAUAAAACCGAAUAAAAAGCAAGCCAAACUGCCCGUCGAAUAUCCGGAUCCGAUUCGAAACAAAGCAUUUCUGAUUGAUUUAUCCGAAGCCCAGGUGGACUACUCGGAGGACGGAACGGACCGGAUGAUGCGGUGUCACGGACAAACACUGACGGAUGUGGAAAGCUUGCGGAAACAUCGGUACAAACGGCUGCCGGAUGUGGUCAUCUGGCCCAACUGUCACGAACAGGUAGUGAAAAUAGUGGAAUUUGCCUCCGCUCAUAACGUAGCGUUGAUUCCGGUCGGAGGAAAUACUUCGGUUUCGUUGGCUUCGACAACUCCGGACAUCAAAGAUCGUACGAUCGCCGUAGUGGAUAUGACGCAGAUGAAUCGAUUGCUCUGGCUGUCCGAGGAAAAUAUGACGGCCUGUUUCGAGGUCGGAGUUGUCGGACAGGAUCUGGAGAGGGAACUGCAAUCGCAAGGAUUCACCCUUGGUCACGAACCAGAUUCUCACGAGUUCUCCACGUUGGGUGGAUGGAUUGCGACGCGGGCUUCCGGAAUGAAGAAGAAUCGCUAUGGCAACAUCGAAGAUAUCGUUAUCCGCGCAAAGAUGGUAACCGGAAAUGGUGUGCUGGAGAAACAAUUCACGGCCCCUCGGGUAUCUAUCGGGCCGGAUUUUGAUCACAUGAUUUUCGGCUCGGAGGGAACGUACGGCAUUGUGACGGAAGCGGUUGUGAAAAUUCGAUACGUUCCGGAGGUACGACGGUACGAGUCGUUAGUUUUUGCCGAUUUCGACACCGGAGUUAGUUUUUUGCGUGAAGUAGCGGAAAAACGUCUCCAGCCUGCCAGUAUCCGACUGAUCGACAACAUUCAGUUCAAGUGCGGAGUGCUGCUCGAUUCGACCGGUGGAACGUGGUACAAUAGUUUCAUGGAGUAUGCGAAGCAUUUUUAUCUGACGACCAUCUGUGGGUUCGAUUUAGAUCGUUUGGUGGCAGUAACGUUACUUUUCGAGGGUAAUGCCAAACAUGUGGCUCAUCACGAGCAGGAGGUGUACGCGAUUGCUCGGAAAUAUGGCGCAAUUAGAGGUGGCGAACGCAACGGUCGGAAAGGAUAUAUGUUGACCUUUGUUGUGGCUUACAUUCGGGACUUUGCAUGGGACCUGAACAUCGUGGGUGAAUCUUUCGAAACAUCGAUCGCCUGGGACAAAUGCAGUGCCCUCUGUGCCAACGUAAAAACGUGCAUAGCACGGGAGUGUAAAAAACGAGGUAUCCGUUACUUUGUGGUAUCUAGCCGAGUAACGCAAAGUUACGACGAUGGAUGUUGCGUUUAUUUCUACCUGUUGUUCAAACAUCUGGACAACCCGGAAGACUCCUUGCAGCUGUUUAUGGAAAUCGAAUCAGCAGCGCGGGAUGAGAUUUUGGCCUGUGGGGGAACGCUCUCGCACCACCACGGCGUGGGUAAGCUUAGGAGCAGCUGGUACCCGGCCUGCGUUUCCCAGACCGGCGUCGGUGUGUACAAAGCCGUCAAGAAAGAACUGGACCCGAAGAAUAUUUUCGCAGCUGGGAAUUUAGUCAGGCAGGAUCAGUGAGCGUGGUUUUGUGGUUGAAUCCCAUACACAAAAAAAAUUACUGUUAUUGUUUAUCCAUGGGUAAUAAAUGCAUACAAGUAAGGUUUAGGAUUUAGGAAUAAGUUCGAUCGAUGUAUAGAUUCAGUUUUCCAUGACUCAGUGAAAUGAUUCACAUUAGGAACGACUCCAACAUUACCUGUAUACAAUUAUUUUUGUUUUAUUAGUUUGUAAAGGACCACAAGUCAAUGAAACAUCUAAUUAAUUUUCAGCGAUACGAUACGAUACGUUGUAACAAAUACUUUUAUUAAAAAGUUUAUAUGUAACAAAUAUAC